AUGGAGCACACUAAGGAAUCUCUCCAUUCCUCCAUUGAUGAUAUGGAGGUUCACGAGAAGGCUGCAUUCGAUCAAAUCAUCCGCCCUGCCGAUUGCUAUACUCCCGAUGGUACCUACUGGGCCGAUCUCCCCGUCGGUCAACGUGUCAACUUUGCUUUGACACAGGAGCGCAUUGAGUCCAAGAAGGAGUGGGAAUGGCUGUGCCAGAUGUUCAAGGAUGAUCCUCUGUCGCCAAUUUCCUAUUACUUCAAGAACUAUGUCCUUCCCGGUGCUGGUCUAGGUCUUGAGGGUUAUGUCCUGUUCUCUAUCAGUAACGUCACCACUCUAUUCAAGGAUGCCUUCAAGAGCUGCUGGAGUACCCACGAGACUUGCGAUGCUAGCUGGAUUGCCGCCGUCAACUACAUGGAGAUUGUCGGUAUCAUGGUCGGCCAGAUCCUCGUUGGUUACUUGGGUGAUGCCAUCGGUCGUCGAUGGGGUCUUAUUCAGGAUGCUGUGAUCAUGUUCGUUGGUCUGCUCAUGCUUACUGCUGCUUGGGGUGUUACCGAGAAUGGUUGGGUCAUCUGUUACGCCUGGUCUCUCUUCUUCUACUCCAUCGGUGUCGGUGGUGAAUAUCCCAUGACUGCCACCCUUGGUAUGGAGAACGGCGUGGGCUCUGGUAAGCUCAACGCUUCCCAGGAUCGUCUGCACCGUGGCCGUACCGUCGUUGGUGCUUUCCUCAUGCAGGGUUGGGGUCAGUUUGCCAACCAGGCUCUCCUCAUCCUGCUGCUCCUCAUCUUCCACCACGGCUCUGGUGCCCCUCCCAUCUCCGCUACCGUUGCCCAGUGGACUUACCGUGUGUCUUUCGCCGUUCCCGCUGUCGGUACUGCCUGGUUGAUCUACUACCGUGCCUACCACAUGAAGGCCGCCAGCAAGCAGCUCGACGCUCAGAAGAAGAAGGCCUCCGUCACCGGCUACGAUACACAGUCACUGAAGCUUACUCUCAAAUACUUCACUCCUCGCCUCAUCGCCACUGCCGGUGGUUGGUUCGCUAACGAUGUCUUCUUCUACGGUAACAAGCUGUUCCAGAGCAAGUUCAUCGCUGUCAUCAGCCCUGCCUCCAAGAACAAUGUUAUUACUAGCUGGCUCUGGGCUCUCGCCAACGUUGGUGUCGAGCUUGCCGGUUACUACUCUGCUAUGUGGUUCGUCGACAGCAAGCUGUACGGCCGCAAGUGGAUGCAGAUCGUCGGUUUCUUGCUUUGCUUCAUCCUCUUCACCGUCUGCUGCUUCAAGUACGAUUACUACAUCCAACCAGCCAACAUCCACUCCUUCCAGGCCAUGUACUUCCUGAGCUCGUACUUCAACCAGUUCGGUCCUAACUGCCUGACCUUCCUUGUCGCUGGUGAGGUCUUCCCCACUCCCAUCCGUGGUACUGCUCACGGUAUUGCCGCUGCCUUCGGUAAGCUCGGUGCCCUGGUCAUCGCCAUCGUCGGUUCCUACACCACCGCCCAACAGCAGUUCUACAUCGUUCCCUGGUUCGGUCUGUUCGGUGCUCUUGUCACCUGGCUGUUCCUCCCCGAUACCACCGGCUUGGAUCUCCGCGAGCAGGAGCGCCGCUGGACCUUCAUCCGUGAGGGCCGCGAGGCCGAGUACCACGGCCCUGCCGUCCACAGCAAGCACUUGUCUGUCUGGGAGCGCUGGACCGGUAAGGGCAAGUACUACGAUGCCGACCUUGACUACCAGCAGAAGGUUGCUGAAUUCCGCGCUGAGUGGGAGGUCACCAUGGCUGGCCAGGCUGACGAGCACCCCGAGUUCGAUGCCGAUGACAUUGACGAUACCCUGACCACCGGCUCCAUCCACACCUACUUCAGCCGAACCUCCCCUGAGAUGAAGGGCAUGAACAAGAAUAUCAAGGAUACUCUUUCUCUCCCUGCUGCUGCUGCUGAGUUCGCCAAGUCCGAGUAA